AUGAGGCUCGCUAUGAGACCUCCGAAAAUCCCUCCUGCUACAGCAACAACCUCAAGCAGCCAUGUCCUAAAACCGAUGUGCAUAUCCUUCACACAUGAACAGACCAAACCCAACAACACCUUGUCUCUGUCCGAGGUGGUAAGAAACUUGGAGAAAUUGAUGAAUCCCAAUGAUGGCCAUACUAAACUCUCGUCCUCUUCGUCGUCGCGGUUUGACAUUAGACCGGAGAAGCUUCGGAAGAGGUGGAUGGAGUACCAAGGAUACAGCGACUGGGAGGGCAUGCUGGACCCAUUAGACGAGAAUCUGCGAUCGGAGAUUCUCCGGUAUGGGCAUUUUGUUGAGGCUACAUAUAAGUCCUUCGAGUUCGACCCUUCUUCGUCUUCCUACGCUACUUGUAAAUACCCAAAGAACAGGCUCUUUGAUGGUUGCGGGUUGCCGAGUACAGGGUACAAGGUUACGAAGCACCUACGUGCAACCUCGGGCAUUCAGUUACCUCGAUGGAUCGAAAAGGCACCGUCCUGGGUUGCUACUCAGUCUAGCUAUAUUGGCUACGUGGCAGUCUGUGAUAACAAGGAAGAGAUAAAACGACUUGGUCGGCGUGAUGUGGUCAUAGCAUACAGAGGAACAACCACAUGCUUGGAAUGGCUCGAGAAUUUGCGUGCCGCUCUCACCCACCUUCCUCGUAACAGUGAAGCCAUGGUUGAAAGUGGAUUCUUGAGUUUAUACACUUCUUCGACACCGUCCUGCUUGAGCCUUCAAGAGAUGGUGCAUCAGGAGAUCCGCCGGAUUCUCCAAACCUACGGUGACGAGCCGCUAAGCUUAACGAUCACCGGACACAGCCUGGGGGCGGCGCUGGCCACCCUCACGGCUUACGACAUACAGACGAGUUUCGACCGGCCGCCGAUGGUGACGGUGAUAUCUUUCGGAGGGCCACGAGUGGGUAACUGGAGCUUUAGGGAGAAGCUAGAGAGCCAAGGGACGAAGAUUUUACGUAUAGUGAACUCAGACGAUGUGAUCACGAAGGUACCAGGAUUUGUAUUUGAUAAGAAAGAGCGAGAGGGAAAUAGUAAUAAUAAUAUCUUUUCUGAUGACGUGGCGGACAAUGAGAACGUCAACGUGGCGGGACUCCCGAGCUGGAUUCAGAAGCGGGCAGAGGAUGCACAGUGGGUGUACGCGGAGGUGGGGAAGGAGCUCAGAUUAAGUAGCAGGCAUUCUCCGUACCUCAGAAGUCCCAACGUUGCCACGUGUCACGAGCUUAACACCUAUCUCCAUCUCGUCGACGGUUUUGUCAGCUCCCGGUGUCCCUUCCAAGCCACCGCAAAGAGGUUCCUCCGCCGGUGAAACUAAAGUUCCUCUGCAUAUUUAUGUAUAUGUAUAUAAUAUAUUAUAAUAUAUAUAUAUAUAUAUAUAUAUAUAUGAUAUAGGAGACUACCAUACAAAUUAAAAGCGUGUGGCAC